AUGUCGCCUCAGCAGCACUGCCGGUGGCCCGCGACUCUCGGAGGGCUCAGAGCCUUCUGGGGUCAAACAGCCAAUCUAGGAAGGGGCAGCGUGGCGCUCCCGGGCCCCUCUGGCAGGUGCUGGCCCUGGUGGCUGGCAACAAGUGGAGGUGCCACUAGGCACCUGAGUCCUCCUCCUCUCAGGCCCUGCGCCUGUAUGAACCCAGGUUGGAACAAGACCCCGGGGUCGGGGGCGGCAGAAGGCCAGCUCCGGGCGGCGACUAAAGGACGGUGUUUAGACCGAGAAGGCGGCACCAUGCUGCGCCCCGUCACCUGCCUCCUCUGUGACAAGGACGGCCUUCUUCUGGGUAGUGCACGGCUGUGUUCAGUGGUAUUUCAAGAAACAUGUGGCCGCUCCGGGAAGAAUCACACCUGGGACGUGCAGUCCCUGGUCAGGGGUAAGAAGGCGACAGAGGCUGCGCAGAUCGUCACAGACAUCUUGACCCCCGUGUCCAAGGAGAAGCUGGGGGACGAAAGCCAAGCGACCUUAAAGGAGCUCCCCAUGGCCAAGCUCAUGCCAGGGGGAAAACUCAUCCGCCACCUGCGAAAACACAACAUACCCUCUGCCGCCGCCACCAGCUCCGGGUCUACAUCACUCGAGAUGAAGACAAGCAGGCACAAGGAAUUCUUUGGUUUGUUUUGUCACCUCGUUUUGGGAGAUGACCAGGGAGUGAAGAGCGGGAAGCCGGAGUCCGACAUAUUCCUGGCUUGUGCCAAGAGGUUGUCCCCGCCUCCUCCUGUGGAGCAGGGCCUUGUCUUUGAAGAUGCUCCCAACGAGCUGCAGGCGGCCCUGGCAGCCCGGAUGCAGGCGGUCACGGCUCCAGACGGACCCCUGAGCCGCGACCUGACGGCAAAGGCCACGCUGGUGCUGGAUUCCCUGCAGGACUUCCAGCCUGAGCUGUUCGGGCUGCCCCCCUACGGGUGA